GCGAGGCGCGCAGCUGCCGCGCCGCAAACUUGGUGCGAGCGAGCGGAGCGGGGCGGCUCGGCGGGGCUGCGGCCAUGGCGGCGUGAGCGGGGAGCGGGCAUCAGCGCGGCGGCGGAGCCCCCGCCCGCCCGCCCGCGGCGAGCAGCCCACGGCGCCUCCAGGAGCCUCCAAGGUAGACCCAGGAUCCCACUUUGGCUCUGCAUAAACACUGAACAGAGACAGUACGUGAUUACAGAGGGAUGGUGACUAAAAGGUGCUUUUCCCACAUGAGUGCAAGAAGAGUAGACAGCUAAAAGAAGUGACUGCUGUGGAGGACAGCAUGACCACCAUGAAAGGAAGCUGCUUCCUCACACUGCUAUUGGCAGGACUUGGGGUAUUAGGAAUAUUGGGGUCAACAACAACAGAAGAUACCCACUGCCACAGAGCUGAGCACCCAAUUAUUGCAUACAAAGAAAUUGCCCCUUGGCUACACGUGUUCAAAGCAGAAGAUGCUGUGGACUUCUCACAGUUAACAUUUGACCCAGGACAAAAAGAGCUUAUUGCUGGAGCAAGAAACUACCUCUUCAGAUUGAAGCUUGAGGAUCUCUCUCUAAUACAGGCAGUGGAGUGGCAAUGUGACGAAGCCACGAAAAGAGCCUGUUACAGUAAAGGCAAAUCAAAGGAGGAAUGCCAGAACUAUAUUCGAGUGCUUCUUGUUGGAGGCAACCAUCUCUUUACCUGUGGAACCAACGCUUUCACUCCAAUCUGCACCAACCGCACAUUAAGCAACUUGACAGAGAUACAUGACCAAAUCAGUGGCAUGGCUCGUUGUCCCUACAGUCCCCAGCACAAUUCCACUGCUCUUCUCACUUCCAGUGGAGAAUUAUAUGCUGCUACAGCCAUGGAUUUUCCAGGAAGGGAUCCUGCUAUUUAUCGAAGCCUGGGGGCCCUUCCUCCUCUCCGAACUGCCCAGUACAACUCCAAGUGGCUGAAUGAACCAAAUUUUGUGUCAUCUUAUGAUAUUGGGAACUUUACCUACUUCUUCUUCCGGGAAAACGCAGUGGAACAUGACUGUGGGAAGACAGUUUUCUCUCGUGCUGCGCGGGUGUGCAAAAAUGAUAUUGGUGGCAAGUUUGUGCUGGAGGAUACCUGGACUACCUUCAUGAAAGCUCGUCUGAACUGCUCUCGCCCUGGAGAAAUUCCAUUUUACUACAAUGAACUUCAGAGUACUUUCUUUCUGCCAGAACUGGACUUGAUCUAUGGCAUUUUUACCACUAAUGUGAACAGCAUAGCAGCCUCAGCAGUUUGUGUUUUCAAUCUGAGUGCCAUAACUCAGGCCUUUAAUGGACCCUUCAAAUACCAGGAGAACUCUCGCUCUGCUUGGCUUCCAUAUCCCAACCCUAACCCUAAUUUUCAGUGUGGCACCAUGGACCAAGGUUUGUAUGUAAAUCUGACUGAGAGAAAUCUUCAAGAUGCACAAAAAUUCUUCUUAAUGCAUGAGGUUGUUCAACCAGUUAUUCCAAUUCCUUACUUCAUGGAAGACAACAGCCGAUUUUCCCAUGUGGUUGUGGAUGUUGUGCAGGGCAAGGACAUGCUUUUCCACAUCAUGUACCUUGCUACAGACUAUGGCACUAUUAAGAAAGUACUUGCCCCAGUGAACCAGACUUCAAGCAGCUGCCUGCUUGAGGAAAUUGAACUCCUGCCAAAAAGUCAGCGAGAGCCCAUCAGGAGCCUUCAGAUCCUGCACAGCCAGAGUGUCCUUUUUGUGGGCCUUCAGGAACAUGUGAUUAAGGUCCCCCUGAAGAGAUGUCUCUUUUACAAAACACACAGUCAGUCCCCAGGUUCCAUUUUCACUGGAAAUUUUCAGGAAGUGGGGAUCACAGAAGACAGUCGAGAGAUGAGGAAUCUGACAGUGGAUGGACAUUUUGGAACGUGGUCACAGUGGAAACCUUGCACCCACACUGACGGGGCCAGUGUUGGCUCCUGCCUCUGCAGGACACGUGUGUGUGACAGUCCUGCUCCUCAGUGUGGAGGAUGGCUGUGUGAAGGACCAACCAUGGAGAUUGCCAACUGUUCCAGAAAUGGAGGCUGGACACCAUGGACUUCUUGGUCACCUUGUAGCACCACUUGUGGAAUAGGCUUUCAAGUUCGUCAGCGUUCCUGCAGCAAUCCAACCCCUCGACAUGGAGGACGCGUCUGUGUGGGACAGAAUCGUGAGGAGAGGUACUGCAAUGAGCACUUGUUGUGCCCCCCUCAUGUGUUUUGGACAGGCUGGGGGCCAUGGGAGCGCUGCACGGCUCAGUGUGGAGGAGGGAUCCAGGCACGGCGCAGGACGUGCGAAAAUGGUCCUGACUGUCCUGGCUGCAGCGUGGAAUAUCAGCCUUGUAACACCAACGCCUGCCCAGAGUUAAAAAAGACAACUCCUUGGACGCCCUGGACCCCGGUGAACAUCUCGGACAACGGUGGUCACUACGAGCAGCGUUUCCGAUACACCUGCAAAGCGCGCCUGCCUGACCCGAACCUGCUGGAGGUGGGACGGCAGCGCAUUGAGAUGCGCUACUGCUCCAGCGACGGCACCAGCGGGUGCUCCACAGACGGAUUGUCAGGGGACUUCCUGCGUUCUGGAAGAUACUCUGCUCAUACCAUCAAUGGUGCCUGGUCACCCUGGUCUCCGUGGUCUCAGUGCAGCCGUGACUGCAGUAGAGGUAUCCGGAAUCGCAAACGGGUCUGCAGCAAUCCUGAGCCCAAGUAUGGGGGACUUCCUUGCCUUGGCCCAUCUCUAGAGUACCAGGAAUGCAACAUUUUGCCUUGCCCAGUGGAUGGAGGCUGGUCUUGUUGGUCAUCUUGGUCCAAGUGCUCAGCGACGUGUGGAGGAGGGCAUUACAUGAGAACGCGCUCCUGCACAAACCCAGCCCCAGCGUAUGGAGGGGAUAUCUGCCUGGGGCUGCACACAGAGGAAGCACUCUGCAACACUCAGCCGUGUCCAGACAGCUGGUCCGAGUGGUCCGAGUGGUCUGACUGCGACUCGUCUGGCUUCCAGACCCGCGCUCGGCAGUGCAUCCUUUUGUUUCCUGUGGGCAGCCAGUGCACGGGCAACACCACCGAGAGCCGGGCCUGUGCUGUGGACUCCAACUUUAUACCAGAAAUAUCUGUGGCACGAUCCAGCAGCAUAGAAGAGAAACGAUGUGGCGAGUUCAACAUGUUCCACAUGAUCGCAGUGGGACUAAGUAGCUCAAUCCUCGGUUGCCUUCUCACCCUGCUUGUUUACACAUACUGCCAGCGGUACCAGCAGCAGUCCCACGACGCGACUGUCAUCCACCCGGUGUCACCCGCUCCGCUCAACACCAGCAUCACCAACCACAUCAACAAACUGGACAAAUACGACUCUGUAGAGGCCAUCAAGGCAUUUAACAAAAACAACCUGAUUCUAGAGGAGAGAAACAAAUACUUCAAUCCACACCUUACUGCAAAGACUUAUUCUAAUACCUAUUUUACAGAUUUCAAUAAUUAUGAUGAGUACUAAUGGGCUUGUGUAUUUUCUGGCCUCCUGUAACUCCCCGGUCCCAAGGCCUGUGCUACUCAAGUGCUCAUGUGAUUGAGGCUUCAGAGAUGAAGUUCAGAGACAUUUCAAGCACGAUCCAAGCCAUCAAUGUCCCAUUGCUGCCAAAAGCCCAAACCGCCUGUUUGUGACAUGAUGUUUUCUUUGCAGAAUGCAAGGUUGGCCUUCAGUGUCAGGGGCAGCUGUAGCCCCUCAGUGUUGCUGGACUACUCAUGAGGAUUGCAUUGCUUCGCUCGAUUUCAUAAAUUUCCACUCAUAUUUCUCUAACAAGUGACUAAAUAUUCCGGAGUUUUAAAAAGAAAUAAUAUUGUUGCCCCUUAAACCUGUGCCAGGAGUACAAAUCUAAUUUUCUUUUUAGGCGUUGUCUUUUAUUUCCUUGGGGUUUAAAAAGGGAGCUUUGCUGUCAGCCCUCUGUGCAGUCUCCUGAAGCUCACACUGCCAAAAAGAGCUCACAAGGUGCUGGGGAUGACAAGAAGAAAUGUGGUGGUUUAGUGAUCCUCUGCAGCAGCUCUGGGCUCUGUAGGCUGAUCUUCCUGGGCUGUAAAUCACUCUGACUGCAGUUCAGCUGCUCAGAGUACAGAGAAGUACUAAGGCUGUACCGAGGGAUACAAUCUUGUAAUUAACCCGGACACCUCCGGUGUCAGUGGUUUCCAGUUGCAAGCCGAGCCCAGUCACACAAAGCCUUCACCUUGCUCAGUUUGAUUUUUGCAAGGCUGUGGAAGGGACUGUCCCGCAGGGAGGCCAAGGGAGGAGGGCAGAUGGGAGAGGCACACUGGGAGGUUUUUCUCUGUGUCUUUAAUAAAGCAGCCUUGCUGCAGCACGUGGGUUUGUUGUGGCAUUCCGCAGGCUUCCUCUCCCUGGUGCGUGCCCAUGGGACAGGCUUGUCUCUGAUGGCUGUGGCAGUCGCCACCAGGCUGGCCACGAGCAGUACAACUGCGCCGUGUAUUGCGUGCCAUCUCUGGCUCUUGGGGUUAUGUAGGCAUAAUCAUAGGUCUGCUUUUUUCUUUCCAGCUUGUACUUUAUAUGCACGUGUCUGACAAACAAAGCUGGCUCAGAGGAUAUAGAUACGUUUGCAAAGGGCUGUCUCAUCUUGCUGCCAUGUCUGAUCUGCAUCAGUCAGCCCCUAGAGGAACAUUCUUAUGGUGUUUCAAGUGAUGAUCUUGUUGGACUUCGUUGAUGUACAUAUUUAAAAUACUAUUUGAGUUUUAAGUUAUCAGUUUUAAUUCCUUUUGUAGUGGUAGAUGAGGAAACACAAAGUUUUAUAUAAUUUUUCUUUGUCCUGUCUGUUUUCACCCACAUUCAUGACAUUUUUAUUUUUGUAUCUGAAAUUCCUUAUGUAUAACUAAAAAGAAAAUUGCAGGGAUUUGAGUUAGAUUUUACACAGUAUAUAGUAGCAAGGAAGCAUUUGCUAAUUUCAGAAGCUUGUGAGAAGAAAUUAAGUGAAUAUUAAGGAUUAAAGAACUGGGCUUUCAUUUUCUUGCUAAAAGCAAAGACUGUCACACUAGAAUACUAGGGAGGUAUGCAAGGAGUAUCAGAGUGGAAAUGUUUCCAAUCUGUUUAGAGCUCUUGCUAAUUAGGUUGUGGUAUUAUGGACAAAUAGAGAAAAACAUGUACAGAUUAUAAUGAUUCACAAUAUGUAUGGGAAAAAAAAUCAAAAAGUAUCAAUAAACACUUCCAUAGCAAUGGUAAAUACUGCAUCUACUCAUGGCAGUGAGCUACAUUUUUGAAUGGGGAUAGAUCUGAAUGUAGCACUAUGCUUCCAAUCUGUUCUGCAGAAAAAUGAAAAAAAUUCAAAGUGAUCUUUAAAAUGCUAUGCAGUAAAAUAACACACAUUUACCAUCUAUGAAAGUAGUUAAGAUCAGCCACUUAUUUUUUUCUAGCUGAAUAAGUUCUCCCUGUUACUAACUCAGCCAAAUGAAAGCACCUUGUCUUCAUACCAGCUCAUCUCCAGAAAGUAUAAUAAUGCUGGGUCUCUAUAAUUUGUGAUUUUUCACUGUACAUUAAAUUUGGUUUUCCAGGAAUAAAUUAGCUUAUUUCCCUAGGUAAGAGAGAAAAUUUUCUUUGCAAGAAAUAAAGAGGAGAAAAACUCUCCAAGUCAUAACCAGUAUGGUAUUUGAAUUGCUGUGUUCAUGCCAAGAGAUAAAUUUUAUAUUUAAAUAGCAUAAAAUAAAACCUAUAUUGUUGCUACUGCCAAGAAAAAGCAGCAGAUGUGCAUACAUGCAUUUGAGCGACAUUGUUCCUUUCUGACCCUGUACUAAGAGAACAUUAGUCCACCUUCUGGAUUUUAUAUUUAGACUAUAGUUGUGAGACCAAUAUCUUUAAAAGAUUUGAACUAUGUAUUUUUACUUUACCUUUUUUAAUUAAAAUUACUUAAAUUAUCUUUUUUUUUUUCCCUAACUAUUCAGUAGUUUGAGGUGCGCCUAUCUUUAUAGUGAUCUGUUUUUCAUUCUUUUCAUGGAUAAAUACAUAUGUUAGAUACAUGUUAUAUAUGUGGUAAUAAUACCCUUGGUUAAGUCUGCAUGAUGAUAGGUAGAAGUCCAUUUAGCAGAUGCUCAGUCUGCUCACACUUCCCUCUUCUAAAGGAGUAUUUCAGGUGUUCUAGAUCUUUGAGCAGCUCCCAUGCCAACAUGUCAGGAAAGCAUUUCUUUUAACUAUUUUUCUUUGUGAUUUAGCUUCCUAAAUUUAGUUGUUCUAUACCACAGGUAGAAAUAUAUUCAAAACUCUAUCUGAAGCAGCAGGGUAAAUGUAGAAAUUUCACAGCACUUAAAUGAGAAAAACUAGAUGGCAAGAUCUCCUUGUCAAGCUAGGUUGGGAGACAACCUAGGUUUUAAAGCCUUUAGAUAUUUGUGUCUUAGGUAAUUUUAAAGGACCCCAGAUGCACUGCCUGUAUCAGUAUUUUCAUCUUCUGAAUUCUCUGUAGCUGCCCAGGUAGCUUAGAACAGCUUUUUCUAGUACAUGGAGCAAAGCAAAGUUCAGUCUCUAUUAAUUUUUGACUUACUUUAUUUAGCAUUUUUUCUAAAAUAGGCUACAAAGCUGAAAAAGCAGAUUUCAUAGAAUUGUUUAGGUUGGAAGAUAUCUAAGAUCAAGUCCAACAAUUAACCUAGCACUGCCAAAUCUCCUAUUAAAUGAUGUCCAUUUCUUCUUGAAAGCUCUUAUUUUUCUGUCAAAAAUAUAACAAGUGGGCAUUUCCUGCAAACCUUGCUUAAGCCAAUAGAGCUCUCAGAUUUUCUCAAGGAUAAAAUUUGGUUAUGAAAGCAUUGUUCUUUUCUUGAAAGUGAAAAUCAAGUCCCUUGCUUAUCAAAUGCCACACUUAAAUAUCCUUCAUCCUUUCACUUGGAUAAAGCGAUCUAUUUUGGAUAAAUAAGUAUAUUACCUCUGAUGCCAUUACUUAAUAUUACUAACCACGCUUACACUGAUUGCAUAAAUUUUAAAAUGCUUCUCUAUUUUGAAUGUAAACAGUUUGGCAGAUAAAUGAAAAUAAGUAAAGCUGUUUCCAUGUAGCCCUGCUGCAUGGAGGGAGGAGGAGGCAAGACUGCCAGUCCCAUCCUGCGCAGUAUAGACACUCAUUGGCCAACUCAAAGUACCGCUAUGCCUGAGUGCACAAUUUGUGCUUAUUUUUUAUGUCUGAACCAUAGCAUACAUUCCUCAGUUGCUUAGAAAAUAGGCUCAUGCUUGCAGAUAUAUCUUGGACAUUGAUUUGAGUUUGAUGAUCUUUAUGGCCUUUUUAAGUUACUCUAUGUAGAAGCUUUUGCAGCCGUUUGCAGUCACCUGAUGUUGAAGCAGUGUGGUUUGGCUAAAACUAAUUGAGAGAUUUUUUACUAGGAUUUGGAAUUUCAUAAGAGAAAGAAUGGGGCUUAAAUGGUUUUGAUUUCCAGGCUAUUAAGCAGUACUGAUGAAAGUCUCACAUUGGUGUAGGGUACUGUGCAUUUAGUUAGCCCUACCAGAGAUCCACAGCAGACUCUGGGAAAAUACCACUUCAGCGUACAAAUCAAGAGCUACUGAAGCACUUACGUUAGUGGAGAAAUUUCUCCGAGCAUCAGACCAUAUGGCUGUUCAAACCAGAAAAGAAUGUAAGAGGUCCCAGAUGUAAGUAAAAUGUUAAUAGGAUUAAAUGCUUCAGUAUUUUUUCCUCAUGAUUAUAAAAUAAAUAUAUUCAUUUCUUUAAAUGUGGGACCAGUUUUAAUAAAAUCAGCGCAACAUGAGCACAUUCCUAACGUUGACUGUAUGCAUAAUGGCUUUGCUGUAUGAGAUCAAUUCUGUAAACAGUUUGGUCCAAGCUUAUCUUGCUCUGCUUGAGGCGUCUGGCCAAUUUUAACUGUAGCUGCCACCAGCAUCAUCUAUGUCUCAUCUAGGAAAACAUACUUAGAUGGCAGAGUUACAUCCUGAUGAGGGUUUGUGUCUCUCCACCAACACUGCAGUGAGCCUAGAGAGAGAUACUUCUAAUUUUCAGUGUAAUUUCCAUGCCUAGGUUGGCAUAAGCUAGGCUCUUGAAUAUAAUUUUACUCAUCAUAUAAGUAACCACACCGAGAUCAAUGGUAUAGAUGUAACGAGUUACUUAUUUUAAUGUGUUUACAGAAUUGAGCCCAAAAUGUAUUGCUUCUGCACAAAUCCAUGCACAGUACAAGAUGACUUCAAUAGAAAAGAACCAGAUUCAUUUAAAAUUGUUCACAAGCGAAUCUGCAUCUUGAUAUCAGGGAAUAAUAUGUGUUCAUUGUGUGGGGUAUUUGAAUUCAUUCCUUUCUUUGCUAAAUAAAUGAAUGAUAAAACAA